CCUCUCUGGGAUGUCUGGGUCACGUGACAAACCUGCGCUUCUUCCUUACCGGCCUCUGCCGCUCCGUCCGCCGCGCCGCGCACACACCGAGCAGGAUGGCGGAGCCGCCCUCGUCAUGUGACUGCUUCGUGUCCCUCCCCCCCGGUUCCCGUGACGACCACGUGAUCUUCGGGAAGAACUCGGACCGGCCCCGGGACGAGGUCCAGGAGGUGGCGUUUUACCCGGCGGCUUCUUACCCGGCCGGGUCCCUGCUGGAGUGCACCUACAUCACGAUCCCGCAGGUCCAGCGGACCCGGGCCGUGGUUCUGAGUAAACCGGCCUGGAUGUGGGGGGCGGAGAUGGGGGCGAACGAGGACGGGGUCUGUGUCGGGAACGAGGCCGUCUGGACCCGGGAACCCGUGGACCCGGGAGAGGCCCUGCUGGGCAUGGACCUGGUCCGGCUGGGCCUGGAGCGCGGCGAUACCGCCCGCGCGGCGCUGACCCACAUCACGGACCUGCUGGACCAGCACGGCCAGGGCGGGCCCUGCAGGGAGGACCCGGAACCGUUCAGCUACCACAACACCUUCCUGCUGGUGGACCGGCAGGAGGCCUGGGUUCUGGAGACGGCCGGCCGGUUCUGGGUGGCCCAGAAGUUCUCAGAGGGCGUGAAGAACAUCUCCAACCAGCUGACGAUCGGCAGCGACAUCACGGCGGAGCACCCGGAGCUGCGCAGUGCCGCGCGGGCCCAGGGCUGGUGGGACGGCGGCGGCAACUUCAGCUUCUCAAAGGUGUUUGCUCCCGAGAACCCGCCGGCCCGGAUGGAGCUAGCCAAGCAGCGCUACAAGGGCGGCACGGAGCUGAUCCAGCGCCACAGCGGCGCGGUGACGGCCGAGGUCAUGAUGUCCAUCCUCAGGGACAAGCCCAGCGGGAUCUGCAUGGACUCGGGCGGGUUCUGCACCACCGGCAGCAUGGUGUCGGUUCUGCCCCGAGACCCGGCGCUGCCCUGCAUCCACUUCUUCACCGGCACCCCCGACCCGUCCAGGUCCAUCUUCAAGCCCUUCAUCUUCUCGGACCGGCCCGCCCCGGUGCUGCAGGUGUUGUCGCCCCGGUUCGGCCCGGAGGACCCGGCCCGGAUCCAGCCCCGGUUCCAGACCCGGGUGGACCGAAGACAUGAGCUGUACAAGGCCCACCAGGAGGCGCUGGUCGCCAUGGCAACCAAACCGGAGGAGACCCUGGCCGUCUACCAGGUCCUGCGGGACCUGGAGUCCCAGUGUCUCAGCGAGAUCUCGGCCAUGUUGAGGGGCGACGUCCCCGGGGACGAGCUGGGCGAGCUGUUCCUGGACUGUGUGGACACGGAGAUCAAGUUCUACCAGUGAGGAGCGCCCCCUGCUGGAGGCCGAGGCGCCCAUGGAGCGGCAGGAGAAGCAGAAGAAGAAGUUCCAGGGACCGCCCUCGCCGUUCCUGGCUCCGCCCACCUCGUUCCUGGCUCCGCCGCCUCAGCAUUACCCCCGACCCGGGUUCGGCCCCUGGACGGCGAGACCCGGAGCAGCGUCUGCACCCGCUAGAGUUCCCGCAGUAGGGGCGUGGCCAGCCUCCUAGGGGCGUGACCCCGCCUCUUGGGGGCGUGUCAUUGCCUCCUAGGGGC